UUUUCGCUAGAGUUAUCUCCCUUCCCUGGCUGACACUCUCACUCAUCGAGACAUGUUAUCCACCAUUGUAAUUUACAGCGAAAGGAUUAAACUAGCUUUAAAACAUGAUCCGUGACAUCGCUCUGGUAAGCAUUUAACAAGAUCGUACAUGGAAGAAACCAUUGUUGUUGCUGUUUCUGUGAUACAGCCCAACGACUCAGUGAUACUGAAAGAAGAAUUCUAUGACCUUGACCUCGUGCCCCUUCUGAUAGAACAGAAGUUUGGAAAUACCUCAGCAGUUGUGGAAGAAGUGGUCAGGUUUUUCUAUACUUACCCGAGAUAUUCAGGCAGCCGGACGCUGGACAAGAGACAAGUACUUGACACUGCAGGAGAUCCUGGUUUCUACGUGCCACUCACAGAAUUCGCACGCGCUGUUGCCAGAGGUCGAAGUUCAGCGCGAAGAAACCUAGUGUACCUUUUUGAGCACUACCCCACUUAUUUCUCAGAUGGAUACCUGGGUACACCACACGGGUAUGACCUGAUGUACGAGUUUGACAUUGAUUGGUUUGUACUCAACACUAGUCUCUGGACUGCUGAUGAUGACCACCUUCGUGAAGUCUUCAUGUCGGUGAUCCUGGAUUUUGUGAAAUCAGGAAAUCCCCAGGUCUUACUUUCAUCAUCCUUACAAGAUGGGUGGACGGACUUCAACCUCAUCGACGAGAGUUAUCUGUCCAUUAAAGCCAACUCCUCAUCAAUACAGCAUCAUAUCCGCCCACACGAGACCUCGCUGUGGCUCGACCUACUUCCAACUCUCCUGGACCCAGCGUUUGACCAGACAAACCACUCGACAUCCCAUCUGCCGACUUUGUCCGAGUUGAUAGGCUGACCAUAUCACCAGAAAAAGCUGUAACCAUUGUGUAAUUAGUGUUUUGUGUCAUGAUGAGUGUUAAAUAUUGUUUGUUAGGGACUCAGUAAUGAAGUAAUAAAAAACUUAUUA